AUGAUUGGCCGAAACGACCCCUGUCCACAAUUUUGCGCCCUCGAUGCUUCGAAAACAUCCGCGUUCAAAAGUUUAGGAUGGCUGGAUCGAUUUUUGGCGCUUUGGAUCUUCCUUUCUAUGGCUGUGGGUAUUAUCUUGGGGAAUUUUGUCACGAAUACCGGGCCCGCGUUGCAGAAGGGGAAGUUUGUCGGGGUUUCGGUUCCGAUUGCUGUGGGGUUACUGGUCAUGAUGUAUCCUAUCUUGUGUAAAGUCAAGUACGAGACUUUGCAUUUGGUUCUUAGGAAGAAGGAUAUCUGGAUUCAGAUUGGGUUCAGUAUCUUUGUGAACUGGAUAAUUGCCCCAUUGGUCAUGCUUGGUCUUGCGUGGGCAUUCCUGCCAGACAAAGGAGCACUCCGCGAAGGCUUGGUCCUCGUUGGCCUUGCUCGCUGCAUCGCAAUGGUCCUGAUCUGGACCGGACUCGCAGGAGGUGACAGUGAAUACUGCGCUAUCCUCGUCGCCAUCAACUCCCUCCUCCAAAUGGUCCUCUUCGCUCCCCUCGCCCUCCUAUUCAUCAAAGUCAUCUCCCACGCUGAAGGCACACUCGACAUCUCAUAUGCCACAGUCGCCAAGUCCGUUGCAGUAUUCCUUGGCAUCCCACUCGGCGCUGCAAUUCUAACCCGCUUCACACUCCGAAAACUCUGUUCCGCGAAAUGGUACGACAAUACCUUCCUAAAGUACCUAGCCCCAUGGUCGCUCAUCGGCCUGCUCUUCACGAUCUUGAUCCUGUUCGCUUCUCAAGGCAGGCAAGUCGUGCAUCAGAUCGUGUCUGUGGUUCGGGUCGCUGCUCCUCUUGUUGUUUACUUUGCCAUUAUUUUCUUUGCGACGUUGCUUGUUACUUAUAGACUUGGGUUCGGAUAUAAGGUUUCUGCUACCCAAAGCUUUACUGCUGCGAGCAAUAAUUUCGAGUUGGCGAUUGCGGUGGCGGUUGCUACUUUUGGCGCGGAUAGUGAUCAAGCGUUGGCGGCGACUGUAGGGCCACUUAUCGAAGUGCCCGUCUUACUUGGAUUGGUGUAUGUUAUGAAGUGGAUUGGGAAGAGGCAGGAAUGGAAGGAUUAAGUGAUGGUGAUGUACUGUACUGUCGACCGGGAUUUCUGCCUUUUGUUUCUUUUGACAUACCCUUAUACAAGACAUAUUUGUCGAAGUCUUGCGGUUCGUUACUUAAUGGGGGUCGUUGCUUAUCUGCGAAAGAGAAGAAU